UCUGUCUUCCUCUUCCUCUCUCUGUCCACCCGGCUCGGUUCUUCCUCAGGUGAGACAGCAGCACCGGGACUCGGUCCGGGACAUGGACUCCGGGUUUCCUCCGAACCGGACUCUGACGGGUUCAGGACGUGUUUCCGGUCGCGCGCUGUGAGGAGAGCCCUGCGGGUCUCUGGUUCCGGAUCAGGUUCUUGCCAGGUGUGGCGGCUCCACCUGCGGGCUGCUCUCGGAGUUUGUUUGUUUGUUUGUUUGUUUGUUUGUUUUGGACUCGUCAUCAUGCCGGAGUCCAUCAGCGUCACGGAGUUCGUGGAGGAGACCAGUGAGGACUACAAAGCCCCCACCACGUCCAGCUUCACCACCCGGAUGUCCCACUGCAGGAGCACCGUGGCCGACCUGGAGGAGGCUCUGGACGUGGACAGAUCGAUUCUGUUGAAGAUCAGGAAAUCCUUGAAGGCCAUCAGCGCCUCUGGUCAGGCUCACGUGGAGAACGAGGAGCAGUACGUUCAGUCCAUGGACAAAUUUGGUCUCAACUGUGUGAACAAGGGAGACACCGUGGUGGGCGCCGCCUUCAGCAUGUUCUCUGAACACAACAAAGAGAUGACGGCGCUCUUCAAAAACCUGAUGCACAACAUGACCGGCAUCAGCUUCCCUCUGGGCAACCUGCUGAAGGGAGACCUGAAAGGAGUCAAAGGGGACCUGAAGAAGCCGUUUGAUCGAGCCUGGAAGGAUUACGAAACCAAGCUAGCAAAGAUCGAGAAGGAGAAGCGGGAACACGCCAAGCAACACGGCAUGAUUCGGACCGAGUUCAGCGGAGGGGAGAUCGCAGAGGAGAUGGAGAAGGAGAGACGAAUGUUCCAGCUUCAGAUGUGUGAGUAUCUGCUCAAAGUGAACGAGAUCAAACUGAAGAAAGGCGUCGACUUCCUGCAGAACCUCAUCAAGUACUAUCACGCUCAGUGCAAUUUUUUUCAGGAUGGACUUAAAGCUGUGGAGAGUCUGAAGCCAUCUGUAGAGAAACUGGUGACGGACCUGGCAGCGAUCAAACAGGUUCAAGAUGGAGAGAAGAAGCAGCUGAAUCAACUCAAAGAUGUGCUGAAGGCGUCGCUGCAGUCGGAGCAAAAAGAGGAUUCUCAGGCGAAGCAGAACUCUGGUUACAGCCUCCAUCAGCUGCAGGGGAACAAGGCUUUCGGCACCGAACACAACGGAGUCCUCUGCAAGAGAAGUGAGGGGUUGAGAAAAGUGUGGCAGAAAAGAAAGUGUUCAGUCAAAAAUGGCCUCCUGACCAUCUGCCACGGCACGACCAACAAAGCUCCAGCCAGACUCAACCUGCUCACCUGCCAGGUGAAGAGGAACCCAGAGGACAAGAAGAGCUUCGACCUGUUUUCACAUGACAGGACCUACCACUUCCAGGCUGAGGACGAGGCCGAGUGUCAGAUCUGGGUGUCGGUGCUGCAGAACAGCAAGGAGGAGGCGCUGAACAAGGCCUUUAAAGGAGGUCAGGACGAAGGGGAGAACAACAUCGUGCAGGAGUUGACCAAAGCUAUCGUAGGAGAGGUGAAGAGGAUGAGCGGCAACGACAGCUGCUGCGACUGUGGCGCUCCGGGUCCUACAUGGCUGUCCACCAAUCUCGGGGUCCUGAUCUGUAUCGAGUGUUCAGGGAUCCACAGGGAGAUGGGGGUCCAUUACUCCAGGAUCCAGAGUCUGGACCUGGACGUUCUGGGAACAUCUGAGCUUCUGUUGGCGAAGAAUGUAGGAAACGCCAACUUCAACGAGAUCAUGGAGGCGGAUCUGCUGGCGCAGGGUGGAACCAAACCGGAUCCCAAGAGCGACAUGCAGGUGAGGAAGGAUUACAUCACGGCGAAGUACACGGAGAAGCGCUUCGCCCAGCGGCCGUCCACCGACGACAAGCUGAUGCUGCAGGCUCUGUACGAAUCCGUCAGGAACCGGGACAUCCUGUCCCUCAUCCAGGUGUACGCCGAGGGGGUGGACCUGAUGGAUGUCCUCCCCCAGCCCAACGAGCAUGAACCGGGGGAGACGGCGCUCCACCUGGCGGUCAGAAUGGUGGACAGGAACUCUCUGCACAUCGUGGACUUCCUGGCUCAGAACAGCGGUAAUCUGGACAAGCAGACGGCCAAAGGAAGCACGGCUCUUCAUUACUGCUGCCUGCUGAACAACAGCGAGUGCCUCAAACUGCUGCUGAGAGGAAAAGCUUCAGUCUCCUCCACAAACGAAGCAGGAGAGACUCCUCUGGACAUCGCCAGGCGCCUGCAGCACGCUCAGUGUGAAGAGCUGCUGACUCAGGCUCAGACGGGAAAGUUCAACGUCCACGUUCACGUCGAGUACGAAUGGCGUCUCCGAAACGAGGACCUGGACGAGAGCGAGGACGAGAUGGAGGACAAGCCCAUCCCGAACCGGCGUGACGAGCGCCCGGUCAGCUGCUUCGUGCCCGGCGGCGGCGGCGGCCCCAUGCAGACCAAUCUGGCGGCGCUGGCCCGCGACGCCGUCCUGGUGGUGCGGGACAAGCAGAGGCCUCCGAUCCCGAGCAGCCUGAUCAACAACGAGACGUACGGCACGGUUCUGGACGCGAACCUGCCGCCGCCGGGACCGAUACCCCCGCUGCCCCCCAGAGGCCCAAACAGAGGUCCCGGUAAGCCAGCAGUCAUGGAAGCUGUCGGGAGACAGCGUUCUUCCUCGGACCCUCAGAACCCCGACAGGAACACGUCCAUGUACGUUCUCCCAGUGGUUCCUCCUCCUCCUCCUCCACCUCCCCCUCCUCCUUCAGCCUACAAGAAGUCCGCUAUGUUGGACACCAAGACCGGGUCGGCCAAAAACGCCCCCCUGCCACCCAUUCCACUCAUAGUCCCUGCUGCCCCACCUCCGGUUUUAUCUCCGCUUCACUUUAAAGCGCCGCCCCUUCCCCCGCCUGUCCAGACCAGCAGACCACCAGGACCUCCACAACCACCAGGAUCCACCACCCCUAAAUCCCCCACUGGAUCAGGGAAACAAGCUCCUCUUAGACCUCCGGUCCGGACCGGCUCUGUCAACAAACCGGGUCUUCAGGUCCAGUCCCCUCAAAGUCCAGCUCCAUCACCGAAACCCAGAACGGCCUUCUCUAAGCCGCGCCCUCAGCGGGUGAAGGCCAUCUACAACUGCUCUGCAGACAACCCCGACGAGCUGACGUUCAGCGAGGGGGAGGUGAUCGUGGUGGAGGCGGAGGAGGACGGCGAGUGGUGGAUCGGUCACGUCGAAGGAGAUCCGAGCAGAAGAGGAGUGUUCCCCGUCACCUUCGUUCACUUCAUCACCGAGUGACCAGGUUUCACCUCCUCCUCCAGCGGAGUCCAAACACCCGGGACGACUAAAAACUCAACCCAGACUCUGGAUUCUGACACCAGAAACACUGAAGGUGGUCUCACCUGAGGACGACUCGUCCUUGAUGAAGAUGUGAGCGCUGCAGGACGACCGUUUACAGGAAACUUUUUAAAUAUUCAGAACAGACACGUUUGAUUGAGGGGACCAUCAGAGUGAGCAGCAGGUCUGUGCUUGAACAUACGUGACACAUAAGUGUCUUACCUGCAGAACAUGGAUCAUAUAGGUGGACUGUACUGACCUCUACAGGCAGACAGAGGAGCUGCAGGAACAAAAACAAGGUUCUGCGCUCCAUGUUUUUAUUAUUUUAUUCUUUUAUUUGUCAUAAAGCAACAAAAUGCAAAUUAUUUACAGAAUUAUUACAACUUAGUUUAAACAAUAAUAAUUAUAGAGCAUGAUUUAUGUCCAAACCCGGGGCUGGUUACGUGUCAUUAAAGUGAUGGUUCACCUGCUGGGAACACACCUGUCCUCUGUCUUCAAGCUUUGAGUCAAAGUUUUCAGAUAUUUACAUUUUUAAACACGUUGUCA